AUGGCUCCAUCUCCAUGGAAGGGCAAGGGCAGGGCCUCCAACAACCAGGAUUCGCGCCGUCGAGCCCUAGAACGCUCGAUCGCGAGACACAACGUCAAGAGGGCGCGCCGCGCUGAGCAGCGUACCACCCGUAACGCCCCAGACCCCUUCGACACUCUCCAGGCCAUUGAUUGGCCACCUUCUGACGACAACGGAGACGAUGACGAUGACGAGACCGGCAACGACGCUGGUUUGGGUUCUCGGGAGCCAUCUGAGAACGAUUGGGCUGCCAUGUGUCGUGCCAAUGAGGCAAUGUCUCAAGAACUCGCGCAUUUGCGAGCAAUUUUUGGACGUAAUGACCAGCUUACCCACGGUGCCACCCCGGGAGCGUCUGCGCUGCUCCUGUUUCCCUUGGGGAACCUGCCCUCGACUAUCCCCCCCACUUGCCCGCCAUCGCAUACUCACCCAUCGCCUUCUGACGACCCAGCUCCCCGCCGUUUUGUGCCGCUCCCGAAGUCUAAGACCAGUGCGAACAUUGGCGACAUACAAAACGAUGCCGGACUCGGUGGCAACCUGGCUCGUUGGCUGGAGAUAAGCAACAUCAUACGUGAGCUUAUGACGCGGGUUGGGUUAGACUAUGGUAACUCGUGGUCGAAUCAGGACAAGACCAAGCUUGGUAUCUUGUACGCAUUGAUUCUCAAGGAGGCUCCCGAGCUCGGAGUCUUUCAAAACGGGUGGGGCACCGAGUGGCUCGUCCAGGCAAAGUUCAACAACCAUCGAUGCUACAAGACGAAACGCAUGAAGCAGAGACACUCGAAUGUCAAAGCGGAGGACAGUGCUCAAGGUCAUGGUCCCCCUCCACCUCCACCUUUGGAGACUCCGUCUCCACAGCUGACCCUGAAGUCACCCCCACCGCCCUCUCCCCUCUUCCUUGCAGCAUCCCCCCUGCGAGAACCAACCCCUCUGCCUCAACCAGAGCCAGGGCCAGAGCAUGAGGCGCCCCAACCUCAAAACCCUCCCCAGCAAUCGCCCCCGCCACCAGCUUCCCCUCGGCUCCAGCGUGAACACCCCCCGGAGCUACCUACACUCCGGCUCUUGCACCCGCCUCCCGACUCGGAGCCUAUCCAUCCCCCCGCAGACCAGCCCCCAACCUCCCGGCGUCGUGGGCCUCGCGCUCGCCGUUCGUGCGGCGAUCCCAGCACCUCGCGCUCGCGGUACAACCUACGCACUCGCGGUGCUGCAGCAGCGGCUGCUGAGGCCCAAACAGUUGCGGCAAUCGAGGAGAACCAGCGGCAAGCGGGUGGAACCUUGGGGAGUAAGAAGCGCUCCUGUAGAAGCGAAUCGCCACUGCGCCUGCUGGAGGAGUCUGACGACGGCGGGCGAUUGAGCGAUGAGGACUACUGA